ACCUAGCACGUCGUCGCGACCGCAGCUUUCGCGACGAUUGCAUGCGCAACGAACAUUAGUAGCGUCCACCAGCCACCCAUCUUCCACAACCCAUUGCCGCCAACUUUGUUGACAGACCUCUUUUAAUAUUUGGAAUGGAACGAAACUCUCCGCGUGGCGACAUCUCAAAUAUACAUAAUUAGUCGCGAACGAACCUAACCGCUUCUCCGACCCCGGCGUCACCCUGCGAACGCCGCGGACCUUCUGCGCGACCCUCCAGGUGUCUGCUUGCGACUUCAUAGCUGUGCAUUGUUCGCAUUUCUACAUAGCGAAGCUUCAAAAUGGAUGACGAUGAUAGAGACUCAAACGCGAGCUCCGACAAUGACCAGAACGACCAGAAUGACCAGGACGAGGUCAUGGAGGAUGUAGACGAUGCAGAGGGAGACAUGGAGAACGAGGAGGAAGACAACGACGACGACCAAGAGGAUAACGAUCGUGAGGAGACGGGCGAUGAUGCGCAAGAGAAGGGUGACGACGCAGCCACAAGAGAUGCAAGAGUGCCUUCUAGAGCUGGCUCGGCUGGCGCGGGAGGGUCGCCGGGGAUAAAGAGCGGAUCACCACUGCUGUCCUCAAGCCUAUUCCCAAGCGUCCGGCCCGAAGCCGUGAAUGCCCGACUGUACGACAUUGUGCCUACGAUGGCCGCGCCGCAGGCAACGAGUGUGAACGCAGUCGCCAUCACGCCUGAUCUUCGGUUCUGGAUGACAGGAGGCUCCGACGGCUACAUCCGGAAGUACGACGGGCCUGGUACAAUAAAUGGCAAACAACUCCUCACAGUGGCGCAAAGACACCCCUUUGUCGAUAGUGUCGUCAAGGCGGGCAUUUUGAUGUCAUACUGGGAAAAUGAGGAACCAGGACCACCGAACCCAAGAGGGAACGAGGAACACAUCCUGUCGCCCGUUUACUCAUUGGCUGUCCACUCACAGGCGCUAUGGCUACUUUCAGGUCUCGAAUCUGGUGGCAUCAAUCUCCAAAGCGUAAGGCACGAUGAAGGAAAGCGCAUAACAUGCCUGCAACAACACACUAAUGCUGUGAGCGUGUUGACACUGGCACAAGACGAGAAGAGCGUCCUAAGUGGCAGCUGGGACAAGAACAUUUUCGACUGGGAUCUCAAUACUGGCGCUGUCAAACGUUCUUACGACGGCAGCGGAGGACAAACUUCUGCUAUCGAGCUUCGUCCAGUGAACGGUGCACCAAUUCCUGCCGAGGCAAUGGAGGAAGAAAUCAAACCAGACCCAACCUUUACGUCCAAUAACAGCAAACCUCCUCAAAACGGCACCGUAGACGAUACCAACGGCAUCGAAGCUCCGCCUCCUGCGAUGGCUGGCGAGGGCGCUGAAGGACAAGCGUCACCCGCACAUGAGUCGCUCUUUGGCGGCAGUGACACUGGCUCGCUCUUUGGCGAUAACGUCGCAGGCAAUUAUGGCGGCGAUGACGAUGAUGAAUUUUCGAGGGCGAUGGGAGAUAUGGGAAUGCCCACUCUCCAUGAUGGUUCAGGGCAGGACGGCGGUAUGGAUCACUCUGCCGAUAUCGAUAUGACAAAUGCCUUCAACGCCGAUGCCACGUCGGCGCCAGCGGUCCAGGCACCAGGAAGCAGCAGUCCCGAAGCCGCAAGAAAUCAGCCCCCAGCACCAGCUGUAGAUACGACUGCGACAGAUGGUCCCUCGGCGCUAGACGGCGCGGGCGAUGCUACGGCGCAGCUGCCUGUCCCCGACUUUCCAGAAAUCCCUCCUCUACCUGAUAUGCAGACAGAUGAUGCAAACCCCGGAUCACCGUCCAUGAUUUUCGCCUCGGAUCCUCCUCCCCCGGCCAUGGACCCAACUCAAUCAGCGGACACAGUCUUCUUCUCCGCAGCCAUUGAUGGCAAUAUCAGAAUAUGGGAUCGGCGUGUUCAAGACCCCGUCGCAAGGAUAGGCAGUCAACGAGGCGUGCCGCCUUGGUGUAUGGGUGCUUGCUGGAGUCCUGACGGCAAUUGGAUUUACGCCGGCAGGCGAAACGGAACGGUGGAGGAGUACAGCAUCCACAAGGCCAGAAGUGGCUGGGCGCCAGAGAGGACUCUCAAGUUCCCGGCCGGAAGCGGAGCCGUAAGUGCGGUUCGAGCGAUGCCGAAUGGCCGCCAUCUCGUCUGUGCUUCCCAUGAUAUUCUUCGCCUGUAUGAUCUCAAGGACACGCGGGCUUUCAAGCACUCCACCGUCCCCUUCCUGAUUAUUCCUGGCCCGCCUAGAGCUGGUGUCAUUUCCUCACUCUACAUUGAUCGAACAUGCCGCUUCAUGAUCUCAACUGCAGGAACGCGCGGUUGGGAAGGUACGAGCACCGAGGUUCUGAUUGGAUACGAGAUCGGCGUCACCGAAGAAAAAUAGAACUCUGCACUUUGACUCUUUGUUGGUAGUCGAGGAUAGGAAUUCGAAUCACGUACCGAAAACGUGAGAGCGAGAGAGGUGCAGAGACGGAGUUUGGAGAAAAUUCUGACGUGCAAUUUGGAGUCUGGCGGAGACUCGUCUUAGAGUUGUAGCGUUCUCAAAGACCUUGGGAUUCUCAAGGCCUAAUAUCAAUACCCAUCUAUUAAAACCCUCCCGGAGCCAUAUGACAUACGAUGUGAUACCCCUUUUAACGCAUGCGCUUCAAGGCUUGCUAACUCAUUGUCAUUUCCAUGUAUAC